UCCAGUCAGCUCCUCGUCCAUGCUAUAUAGAGAUUCUCAGGCAGCUAAUAUUGGCUAUCACGUGGACAACUUACCUUUUCUCAAUUCUAUAUGUCCCUCAUCAAUCGGUCUUUCUGGUAAAGCUACCACCGUCGCUGCUCACGUAAACUUCUUUUUCCAAUCUCUCCUGGCGUUCACAUUGGCAUCAUAUAUACUAUAUUGGUAAACCUAAAAUCCCAGCAAUCUUCCAUAGUCUAAGUCCCAAAGCAUUCUUUUUUCUUGUUAAGAUGGUGACAACAAUGGCAGCCAGAGUCGAGAGCUUGUCAAGUAGUGGGAUUCAGUCAAUCCCGAAAGAGUACGUUCGCCCACAAGAAGAGCUGACAAGCAUCGGCAAUGUCUUCGAAGAGGAGAAGAAAGAGGAAGGGCCUCAAGUUCCAACCAUUGAUUUGCAGGAAAUGUACUCUGACGACGAAGUGGUUGGCGAAAAAUGCAGGGCAGCUCUUGUAAAGGCGGCCAAGGAGUGGGGUGUCAUGCACCUUGUUAACCAUGGCAUUGCUGAUGAUCUCAUUCAGCGAGUCAAGAAAGCUGGACAAGCUUUCUUUGAUCUUCCUGUUGAGGAAAAGGAGAGAUAUGCCAAUGACCAGGCUUCAGGAAAGAUUCAAGGUUAUGGAAGCAAGCUGGCCAACAAUGCUUCUGGGCAGCUCGAGUGGGAGGACUAUUUCUUCCAUCUUAUUUUUCCUGAGGAGAAGCGCGAUUUAUCCGUUUGGCCUAAGACGCCCAUUGACUACACAGAGGUGACCAGUGAGUAUGCAAGGCAACUGAGAGGUCUAGCGACCAAAAUUAUGUCAGUACUAUCAAUUGGGUUGGGACUAGAAGAAGGGAGACUAGAAAAGGAGGUUGGUGGACUUGAAGAGCUGCUGCUCCAAAUGAAGAUUAACUACUACCCCAGGUGCCCUCAACCAGAACUUGCCCUAGGAGUUGAAGCUCACACUGAUAUAAGUGCCCUCACUUUCAUCCUCCACAACAUGGUUCCAGGUCUUCAACUCUUCUAUCAAGGCAAGUGGGUGACAGCCAAAUGCGUCCCAAAUUCUAUCAUCAUGCACAUUGGUGACACUAUUGAGAUCUUAAGCAAUGGCAAAUACAAGAGUAUUCUUCACAGGGGACUUGUUAACAAGGAGAAGGUGAGGAUUUCAUGGGCAGUUUUCUUCGAGCCACCAAAGGAGAAAAUCAUCCUUAAGCCAUUGCCUGAGGUUGUCACUGAGGCAGAACCAGCACAAUUCCCUCCUCGCACAUUUGCUCAGCAUAUUGAGCACAAGUUGUUCAGGAAGAGCCAAGAGGCUCUUCUCUCCAAAUGAGGCUGCUCCAUUCGUGCACGCCAAACUACUCCAACUAUUAUGUUAAAUUAAUUAAUGUAUGCGUCAGGCCGUGAUGUAUGUUUUGUAUUGGUUUUUUGUGUUUUGAACUUCUAUUGUGGCUGGUCAAUUUCAAGGAAUAAUAAUGUGUAAGUCCUUCGCUUUUUGUUGA